AUGUCUUGGUUCCUCUGGCUCCUUACUCGGCGGUUCUCCACAGUCCUCUCCCUGCUGCUUCUCAGUGUAGUGGGCCGACAGUUGGGGCUGGAGGUGGUUCAGGCGAUACUGUGCUCCCGGUGGGGUGCACCGAGCGAAAAGAAGCUCUCCCAGGAUGGAGAUGUGAUUAUUGGAGGACUGUUUAAUCUGUAUUAUAUACCUUCAGCUGUAGAGCAGGGCUUCACCGAGCCGCCACAUUAUAAACAUUGCACUGGUUUAGAUUUAGAGCCGUUGAAAUAUAUAUAUGCUAUGGUGUUUGCGGUGAGGAAAUCAAUCGUAACAGCACCUGCUACCAGGAGUGAAGUGGGCUACCAUAUAGUUGAUAGCUGUUCCCGAUACCCCUGGGCUCUGCAAGGUGCAAUGUCAAUGGUCGGAGGAGACACACACAGCUGUGGUCGACCUGUUCCAUUGCUCAUUGCUGCUGAUUCAUCUACAACAGGCAUAAUACUGUCUAGGACCCUGGGGCCUCUCUCUGUGCCAAUUAUCAGUUAUUUGGCUAGUUGCCCCUGUCUUAGUGACAGGACAAGGUUUCCUAAUUUCUUCAGAACAAUCCCCAGUGAUAUUUACCAAGCACGGGCCAUGGCACAACUGGCCAUACGCUUUCACUGGAAUUGGAUGGGAGCAGUGGUAGUAAACAAUGAUUAUGGUCAAUUGGCAUUACAGGUAUUUCAGGAAGAGACUAAGGGGAAAGGGGUGUGUUUGGAAUUCAUAGAAACUGUCCACAGAGAAACUAUUGUGAGUGAUGCCAGGCGAGCAGCACUCACAAUUAAAGCUUCGACUGCAAGAGUGAUUCUGAUUUUCUGCUGGUAUACAGAUGUAAAGAAAGUAUUUCUGGAACUGACCAAGAUAAAUGUGACUGACAGACAGUUUCUGGCCAGUGAGGCUUGGAGUACCAGUGAUGACCUUCUCCAAGACAUUGCCAUCUCUGAAGUGGCAAAUGGUGUUCUUGGUGUGGCCAUUCGUAGUUCAACAAUACCUGGAUUUGAAAAUUAUCUCAGGCGUUUGCACCCAAUUAAUCGUCCCGAUGAUGCAUUCUUACAUGACCUCUGGAAAAAUGAGUUUGGAUGCACCAGCCGGGUAGAGAAACUUUAUCUCCAGAAAGCUACUCUACCACCCUGCAGUGGAACAGAGUCCCUGGAGGGAGUGCAGCAUCCUUUCACUGACACCUCUCAGCUAAGGGUGGCAUAUAAUGUCUAUCUUGCUGUUUAUGCUGCAGCCCAUGCACUUCACAGCCUUCUGUCCUGCCCCGAUAGAGACAGCCCUUCUGGAAACAACAGUUCCACAUGCACCUCUCCAAAACACAUCAAAUCCAGAGAGCUGUUGCAGCACUUGAACAAAGUAAACGUCACCACACCACAAGGGGAAAUGUUUUAUUUCCAAGGGGCCGACAUUCCAGCAAAGUACGACCUUGUCAACUGGCAAAAGACCCCUGAGGGGUCACUCAAACUUGUUUUGAUUGGUCAUGUAGAUGGGUUCAACCUGCAUUUUAAUGAGUCAGCUAUUCAGUGGAGCACAGGAUCCAAUCAGGUGCCUGUUUCAGUGUGCAGUGAGAGUUGCCCCCCAGGUACACGCAAAGCAAACAGGAAAGGAGAACCUCUCUGCUGCUUUGACUGUAUACCAUGUGCUGAUGGGGAGAUUAGCAAUAAAACUGGUUCCCUUCACUGCGAGCGUUGUCCUUCUGAGUUCUGGUCUAAUGUUGAACAAACAGCCUGCGUACCACGUCAGCUGGACUUCCUUUCCUUCAAUGAAACUUUGGGCAUUACUCUGACUACAGCAGCUGUGUCUGGUGCCGCAGUGACAACAGCUGUGUUUGUGGUGUUUCUUUACUACCGGAAAACACCUAUGGUGAGAGCCAACAAUUCAGAGCUGAGCUUCCUACUUCUUCUGUCGCUGAAGUUCUGCUUCCUGUGCUCACUGGUCUUCAUUGGUCGUCCAUCGGUCUGGUCUUGUCGAUUCCAGCAGGCAGCUUUUGGGAUCAGCUUUGUACUUUGUGUUUCCUGCCUUCUGGUGAAAACCCUCGUGGUUCUUGCUGUUUUCCGCUCAGCUCGACCUGGUGCAGAAACCUUGUUGAAGUGGUUUGGUCCAGGCCAACAGAGAGGAAGUGUCUGCCUCUUUACCUGUAUACAGGUUAUCAUCUGUGGCCAAUAUGGUUGGUCCCCUCAAAGUCCCCCAGCUCCUCAACCUGAUCCUGGGUUACAGAGGUCAAAGGUCACACUGGAAUGUGCUGGCCUCGUGGUGGGCUUCUCUCUGGUUCUGGGCUACAUUGGCCUGCUGGCCUGCUCCUGCCUCCUUUUGGCUUUUCUUGCUCGGAAACUCCCUGACAACUUCAAUGAGGCCAAACUGAUCACCUUCAGCAUGCUGAUAUUCUGUGCUGUCUGGGUGGCCUUUGUCCCUGCUUACGUUAGCUCUCCUGGGAAGUAUGUUGUCGCUGUGGAAAUUUUUGCAAUUCUGGCCUCCAGCUAUGGGUUACUGCUCUGCAUUUUUGCCCCCAAAUGUUUCAUCAUUCUCUUGAGGCCUGAUAAAAACACUAAGAAACACCUGAUGGCCAGAUAG